AGUUAAAUUACCCGGAUAUGUUUUGUCAGUACCCAUAAUUCUCUUUCUUCAUGGAUGAUCCUCUACUUUGGCGGAGGCGAAUGGACAUCCAAAUCGAACCAUGCGUAUAAAUAAAAGCAUUAUUUAAAAGUCGCAAGUUUUAUAUGUUUAAAGCAAACAGAAAGCUAAUAUGGCCAGUAAAAGUAAAGAAGCUACUACAACAGCUGGACCAGGGCCUGAUAUCUCAUUGCUUCGAAGUCCUAUUCAGAUUAGUGGGAAGCCUAUUGAGCAAGUAUUGAAAAGUGUUCACUAUGGAAGCCCUGAAUUGAGAUGUCUCUUGCUGGAUGAAUGUGACCUUAUCUUUGAGUGCAAGGUCUGCAGAGCUCUGUUUAGAGAUGUGCCUAACUUUAUCUCCCACAAGCGAGUCUAUUGCACAAAGUCCUCUCUUGAGGAUAGACAUGUUACCAUUGCCAACCUUCCAGAUGAAAAGGUUGUUGUUAUUCAACCACAGGCACCGGAGGAAGAUCAGCCGUCUGAACCUUUGGCCCGGAAACAGAAAAAUGCCAGACCUUCAUUGAAUGAUACCAUUCAAAGAAUACAGUCGGGAGAACUUGGUAAAUCUGAAGCAUAUAAAGUCUAUACGGAAGCUGCUGACAAGCUUCAAAAGCAGAAAGAAGCCAUGAAGAUUGCUACCAUAAGAACCACCCCAAUUCCAACCAAUAAAAAUGCUGUAUUUAUUGAGGUCAAUACCACAUCAGUGAAUAUUCAUGAAAGACAACAGCAGCAAAAUGCCCUCACUACGGUGACUCCAGGAAAUGAUUCUGGGAAGUCUGAUGCACUUGGGCCUGCCAGAAAUAAAAGGAUGACUGGUUCUUCACCUGCGUCCUCACCAAAACACUUUCGUAAGCCUAAUAGACAACAGAAGCACACCACUGAGCCCCAGAAACUUUUAUUGGAACAGUUGAAAGAAAUUCAGCAUAAAGUGAAACAGAAAUCUCAAGAAAGCAUAGAAAAAGUUGUCAAACUUAAAAUUACAUCACAAGAAAACUCUGUGCCGGCUGCAAAGAAAAAAACAAAAGCAUCAAACUGCAAUGAUGAAAAUGAAAACAGCAAGGAAACCUCAGAGAGCUCUUCAAAUGUAAAAGACAAGUUGCAGUCCAAAGAUAAUGAAGAUUUAAGUGUUUUGGCACGGCAAAACUUUCUCUCUUUAUUAGCUAAAGAAGAAACAAAAGCCGGAGUGGAAAAGGAAAAGGCCGAAGGCAAACAAAGUGUUGUUAUACCCCGCAGAAAAAACACAAAAGUUUGGCAAGAUGUUUCAAAGCAAUCAGCAACUGAGGCUGCCAAACUAUUAGUUAAAAAUUCGUCCAAAGAUAGAAAAAGGGGGAACUCUUUAACCUGUGUCAAAUGUAGCUCAAUAUUCUCAAGCACAAGGAGCUUAGGAUUUCAUAUGAAGAUUCACCAUUCUCCCAAAAGAACAGUUUAUCAGUGCCCAUAUUGCCCUAGCAAUUUUUACUAUUUCUUUGGCAUUACUAGGCACCUGUUAAAUAACCAUGCUAAAACUGCUCAAGAGGUUGAUGCAAUGCGGGCACAGCUGAGAGACAAGGCAGUUGUCAUGCCAGCACCUCCUCCAAAGACUAAAAAAGAUAUCUUCGAGAUACAGAGUUCUCGCACACGAUUAGCUAAGCAGAAAAUAGAUGGUGAAGAUGGAGAAGACCCAACCUCAAGGAGAAGAGGCAAAUCUAAUAAACCUGAAGAAAUAAACUCAUUGGAGAAACAGCAAGCAAAUGAAAAAACAAAAGUCCAUAACAAGGAACCUGGAGCGGAAACUAUUGUGCUAAAUGAUUCAAGCGAUUCUGACGAUGAUUCAACCUCAGGUGCUCAGACAAACAUAAACGAAUCUCUGCUCAAAGGAUCUAAUGAAUCUAAAGUCACCAGGAGCUGUUCCAAAUGCAAUCGGACAUUUAGAAGACAAGGGAACUAUGAAAGACACAUUAAACUUUGUCAAAAUAACAAAUCCUCUUCCGGUGAUUCUAAUGAUAAACCUGUGACUUCUGCAGUGAAUCAGGUUAAAGAGAGUGCAGAGGAUGCUGAUCCAAAAUUGUUAGCGCUGAAAAAUAAACUUUUGAAUUCCACAUUUGGGCUCACCAGAGUGGAUGCACAAAGUGUCAUCACAAAAAGCAAAGGGAUAGGCGCUUCAAAUACAGCAUCUUCUCAGGUUGUUAAUGUGGCUGGUUCUCAAAUUUUAAAGGAAAUGCUCUUAGCUGCCCCAUUUGAAGAAAAAAUCCACGCCAGAGACCUUUCUGAUGAAAGUUUAGAAUCUUGUAGUUUAAAUAAUGGAACUAAAAGAUCUGUCAGUGCAGAAAGAGAUGUGUCGCGAUUGUCAAGAAAUCCAAAAUCUGACGUAGAGAAAAGCAAACGAGACUCAUCAGCAGAAAGCGUCCAAAGUAACAAUGAGGGCAGACCUGCUCGGGCUAGGCGAACUGUGCCUUCGAAGUAUGCAGUGAUUCCAACUUCAGUGCCAAAGUCACCGCUAAAAAGUGAAUCAGAAAAAGGUGAGGAUGUUGGCAGUGCAAAGAGCAGCCCUGACAAUUUGAUGCCAUUGCUGCCUAAGCUUCAGAAAAGACCUGAGAAUAGAGAUGAAAAUAUUACAGUCGUUCAGCAGGUCAUUUUUCCUUUACCAAAGCUUCAGAAGAGACCAGAUGUUGAUGACUCUGAGGCUAAACAAAUUAUUAAGGUUCCCUUGCCAAAACUUUUAAAAAUGCCAUAUGGAGAGGAUUCUUCUGCAGCCUCUGAAGUGAACAACCUAGAGGAUAGUUAUAGUCCUGAAGUAGAAACUAAGACAAAUGCUGAUAAUGAUUCUUCAACUGAUUUCACUACGAAACUUGAUCUGCAGGAAAUGCUACUAGUACAAAAAAAAGAUUACAAAAGUGAGAUGAAGCGUAAGCAAGGGCUUCCACAAAAAACAUAUUUCUCUCCAAGAUUUCCAAUUGGCUCUGGUCUUUCUCCCUUUACCACGCCCACUCUGUCAACAAGUAAACAUUUGCAUAUUCAGAGAAUUUCAUCACCUACUAGAAGAAGAAACAACUUGAGUUCUGGUAAGAGGCGGUCAAUAUCUUCGGUUAAUUCUGUACAGAAAAGAAAUAGAAAUAAUGCUCCAUUGGAAUCUGCACAGUCGCAUGGACCACCUCCUUUGGUUGCUAGCUCAGUUACACCGCUAACUAGCCGUGGUGAUGUGCAGCCAUUGCUUAAAGAAAUAUCAGACGUCGGUUCUGCAAAGAAAGAAGAGCUUGAGGCAUUGUCUUUGAGCAGUGGCAACAGAGUCUCUGGCAGAGGGACAAAAGCUUCUCCGGCAUUGCCCAUCAGUGCAUUGUCUGAAAGACCUAAGAGAAAAAGAAAAGUUCCCAGUAAAAACUUAGAUGCACAUGAGAUGCUAGCAAAGAUUCACAACAGAGAGUCUGAUAUUCCCAGCAAAAGAGCCAGACUCUCAGAAACCAAGCCAAGGGGGGAUAAAUCUGUUGAAAUGAAGCAAGCGCCGCCUUCUGAUAAAGCUUCAACAUCCAGCAUAAACAAAAGCAAGGAAGAUAAAUCUGGUAGUGACAGUGAAGAUGAAGAUUCAGUGGAUGCAGUAAAAGGCAAAGGUCGAGUCGUAUCCAAUAGAAUCUAUGUUCUCAAUGAGAGAAAAUCAAAAGUUCAGAAACUGAAGUGUUAUGACCUGACAAGAGUUGGCAAGUACAUCGACCUUGAAACAAUGAGUUGCUUGCAAUGUGGGGAGUCAUGUGCAAGCAUCUCCAACCUGAGGAGACAUGUCAUCAGGCAGCACUUGAAGUGGAGUAGGUUCAAGUGUAAGCUGUGCAAGUUUGAAAGUUACGAUCGAUCAGAAUGUACCACCCAUUUGUUUCGUACCCACAACAAGAUGGCGUCUCGCAGCUUCACUAGCAGACGAUCGUUAAACACUUUGAUUAUUGAUCUGGUAAAGCAAGGGCUGCAAGCAAGAAGCCUGAAAAAAACUAAAACUCUUCAGGGAAAGCAACAAGAGUCUCAAAGAGAAGGCAACAUAUAUAUUAGACCUAAUGUGAGAAAGGUACCGCGAUUGCCGGAACGAGCUGCGGUCACAGCUUUAUCCAAUGGCAAGAACAACCAACCACAAACUCCUUUGAUGGAGGAGGAUUCUAGAUCAUCUCACAAAUCAGCUAGUUCAAAUUCACCCAUCAACUCUUCUGAUGCUUCUUUAAAGAACUCACCACCUGCAGAUGCCAAAAAACUGUUCACCGAGAGCAAAUCUGUCAGAACUUCUAGGAAGUCUGACACAAGCGCCCCUGGGACAAAGAAGGAGAUGUGGUUUAAAGUUACGCCAACUGGAAAACUAAAGAAAAUAAUGCCAUUCAACAUUUCCACAAGAAACUCUCCAAGAAAUUUUGACACCAGCCCGUACAAACAAGGUUUUAUUGCUAAAAACACUAGAAGUGAAGAGUUAGUUUUACAAACCAGGAAAGGAAAGUACACUAAACUAAAUAGAUCUCCAGCAUCUAACUCCUCAGUGAAAAGAGUCUCUGAAACUAAAUCUGUACCUCUCAGUGAGUCCCCAGCAUCUAACUCCUCAGUGAAAAGAGUCUCUGAAACUAAAUCUGUACCUCUCAGUGAGUCCCCAGCAUCUAACUCCUCAGUGAAAAGAGUCUCUGAAACUAAAUCUGUACCUCUCAGUGAGUCCCCAGCAUCUAACUCCUCAGUGAAAAGAGUCUCUGAAACUAAAUCUGUACCUCUCAGUGAGUCCCCAGCAUCUAACUCCUCAGUGAAAAGAGUCUCUGAAACUAAAUCUGUUCCUCCCAGUGAGUCUUUAGCAACCAGCUCCUCAGUGAAAAGAGUCUCUGAAACUAAAUCUGUUCCUCCCAGAGAGUCUUUAGCAACCAGCUCCUCAGUGAAAAGAGUCUCUGAAACUAAAUCUGUUCCUCCCAGAGAGUCUCUAGCAUCCAGCUCCUCAGUGAGAAGAGUCUCUGAAACUAAAUCUUUACCUCCCAGCGAGUCUUCGUCUGCCAACUCGUCUAUAAAAAGAGUCGGUGAAACUAAAUCUGGACCAGCCAGGCUUGAUGAUACUCUGAGCCCGUCAGAUGCUAGACAAAUUAUUGACAAGAAAAGUGUGACACCCGUGAAACAAAUUUAUCUUCGGAAAGGAAAAACUAGUGAGGAUGUUCAUGACGACAAAGUGGCUAAGGGAAACAGUUCCUUGGAUACUGACUCCGGCACUUCAUCCAAAACAGUGACGCCUGUGGUGAUAAAGGGUCAGUCUGGCACUGGGGACAUCACACCCAGCCCUUCUUCUCAAAAAGGGUCUGUGAAAUAUAUCAUAACCACAGCUGGGUCAUCUCGGAUUGUUGACAAAUCUCCAGUGACGCAGAAUGUCAUAGUUAAUCCUGUCAUUCACAAGAUGAAAGAUACGACAGAAAGCUCUCCUGCAGUAUCAGAGCAGCUGGCCAAGUCCUUAAUGAAACUGAAGAAACUAGGAGAUUCUAUGGGCACCUCAUCAGCCACACCAAAAUCCACACCAACCACCUCAGCAGCCCCUUCAGGUAGCAGUAGUAGUAGCUCUACUCAAGUGACACCUAAUUCAAUGACCAACUCUGCUCAAAAAGGGCCAGUUUCUCUGAUUGGUAAGACAGAAAUGUCAAAAGGGAAAGCCCAGUCUUCUACUUUGUCUAUUCCUCUGUCAAUUCCUUCAGGGAAUAGUCCGUCCUCUAUUGUUCUGACUCGAGGGUCGUCAGGCAAAAUUAUCGUCUACACUCAUUCCACAGAAAGCAGCCCGCACACAUCGCACUCCAGUAACAACAUCCCACUAAAAAACAUUCUCCCGUCAUCCUUGAGUGCCCCAAAGAUCUCUGGAAAUAAACCAGGGGGUCGUAUCACAAAACCUGAAGAGGACUCCUUGCCGUCUGGAACAUUUGUGAUUGAACAUCAUUUCUUGUAGCGCACCACACUAAGCAUAUUGUAUGCUCUUAUCUAGCUCAUAAUCAUUCUUCAGAAUAAGACUAGUUACUUGUGCAUGAGCCUAAGUGGUUUUUACUUGAGAGUAAUGUAAAUCUGUUUUCAGCUGUUGUAUCCUGCUAAGGAAGAAGUAUGGACAAUAAAAAGUAUUAACUGUCUUGUUGAAAUAGUCAAUUGGAUAGUUUGAAACAUUAUCCUGGCUUCAUUGAAAUGCACACAUUUCCCAUGGAUUACAUACAUUGGCAGCUUGAGUAUUCUUCCCAGAGAUUUCAUCUCGUACAAUUUUGGAAUUUUAAUCGAUAAUAGUUGCCGCCAUUUUGUGGUUACAGCUUGCCACUAUGCUCAGGUACCUUGAUGAUAAUAUUCGUCUAAAGAGCUUUGGACAUCUUAAAGGAGUUAGGCUUGUUAGUUGCCUUCGAAUAAAAGAUAUUUGUUUGUUUUGUUUUCAAUUAACAAUUGUUGCAACAUUAGAUUUGUAUUACUUUGUAUGUGAUGAAAUGUAUAACACAAAGUAAGACACCAUGACAUGUCAUUUUCUUUACCUGAAACUAAGGUACUGAUACAUUUUUAUGCUUCACAGAAAUGUGGCUCUAGCAUGUGUAAAAUUUGGCAAGUGUAAAUAUACAUAUCAUGAAUUUUGAUGAGUUUUUGCGCAAUCUAGUUAGUACUUUGAUGACUUUGUUCACAAUGUUAUGCAUGGUCCUUCUCUUUGAAACAGUCUCCUCUUUCCUGGACUUAAAGUCAUCAGUAUAAUCAUGAGAUGAAGACACACAAACUAGCAUUGCGUUUAGGUUAAUAAAAUGUCUUUUUUUUUUUUUUUUUUUUUUCAUAUAGGUUAGAUUUUUUGGGUUUUGAGUGUCAGUGUUUUCUUGAAUUUCAUUUUUGUUCCCGUUUUUUAGUGUCAUGAUGAUGAGUCUUUGAAAAUUUGUUAUGCUAAAUAAGUUAAUUAUUAGAUUACUAUUAGUACAUUUUCUUUUUUUUUAUUCAAAAACUGUUUUUAUAUAAAAAGCCUUGUAAAAACAUCAUUUUUGGUCUCUUUAUAGGUCCCAAUUUAUAUAAAUGAUAAUUGAAAGAUAAAAGAGCUUUGGAUUUAAAUCAUUCCAUCUUUUUUAUUUCUAGGUUUGAACAACUAAACUGUUUCUCAAUGUUCAAUAAUAAAAAGUAAUAUUAAAAUCUAAUCUUCUAAACAGAGCUAUAUGUAAGCUGACAGUAAUGUAGGUACCAGUACUUAGUAUUUUAAAUAUUCUUUAAAAAAAUAAUAGUACACCACUAGUUCUGUAAUCUGUAUAUUUUUAGAGAUCCUUAAAACAACUAUCGAUAAUAUAUGUUUAUUUGGGAUUUUAAAAGUUUCACCAAUCGUAACAACAUUUAGCCACGUGAUUCUUUAUUUCUUCUAUACAAAUUAAUAUCUAAUUUUAAUCAACAAUGGUUAUCAUGUGACAGGUUGUUUUUUUUUCGUUGUUUUAUCAAUAUUAUCACAUGACCAUUCUUUUUUGGUGAACGAGUUCCAUUGUGCUCUUCUUUCCUUUGCAACUAAGCUUGUACUUACAAAUUACAACUUUAAAACUAAAUUAAUUUUCUACUUUUGUUAAAUCACAAGUGUACUGUAAAUAGUAUGUUUGUUGUUUUUUUUUAGACUAGGCUUUUUUUUUUUGUUUUUUUUAAAUCUAAAUGUCUUAUUAGUCCUAGCUUUAGUUUUUGUUCUUUUCAUUAUUUUAUGCUUAUUUUUUUUUUAUUUUUUAAUUUUUAAAUCAUCAAGAUGUACACCUCAUUUAGAUGAAUUAAUGAAAUGUAUACCAAAAAAUUCGGAAAAAAAUUUGUCUAUCAAUUCAAAUAAGUUUUAAUUGAUUCAGUAGUGAAUGAACAACUUUGUUCUUUAACGAUCAAUUAAUGUAAAGGCAGAUAAUUAUAGCGGUUACUUCUGUGGCAUUUUACAUCUCAACCACUGCAGUCACAGGCUGGGCAUCUGCAAUCCCCUGACACUACAGUACUUUAACCCUUUUUUUUUUUCUGAUUUCUUAUUGUGUAGAGAAAUUUAGAAAAUGCUAACUGUCCAAUAAAACAUGCUGCACCUAACAGACUAAUGAAAUCAGAUUACUAAUUUUCCUCUUCGGACGUUUUGGCCAUAAAAUGUAGUGGUAAAGUAUAUUAAAUUAUUUUGUUUCUUUUAAUACCGGUACCUACUUUUUGUUACAAAAUAAACUCACUUAUAAAAAUAUGAAAGUCAGGUUGAAUAUAUAAUUACAAAUUUGUAAAAUUGCAAUCCUUUUUUCACCCUUGUCUCUAAUGGAACGGCUUAUGUUAAACCUGUUUCUCUUUACCACCAAAACUGCAGUCGCUUGAUAGUGUCACAGUUUGUUGUUGAGUUUUAUAGUGAUUUAUAAAACAUUGCGCUGUAAAAUACUGAGCUACUGUAUAUAGAAGAUAGACAUGCGUGUACAUAGCUAGUCCACUGCAAUAUUUGAUUCUGUAACACUUAUUUACCCAGAGGUGUUCAAAAUUCUUUCAUGACCUCAAUUUAAGGGGGGUCAACUUCAAGCUUACUUGUUCUUUGUGUCUCUGUGUCUGUGAUAUUUCCUGUCUUUGAAACAUGCCCCAAAGAUGAGUAUUUGUAAAGAAUUGAUAAUGGUCUUUGCAGUUUGUCGCACAUUUAUGUUCUUUGCAUUUUAUUUAAAUUGUUCCCUUUGUGUGUGGUGUGAUUUUGAUAUAUAUUAGUGCGAAGCUAUCCAAAUAAAUAUUUCAAAACUGUUUUUUAGCUAACACAAGUUUAUAUGGGGGAAAAAAGACCAGCUUUGUUACCAGCCCAGUAAUGUAAAUAAAUUUCUUUAUUAUGGGAAGCAUGGUUGAGAGGCUAAGUACUCUUGAACUUGGCUUGGCUACCUAUGAAAGGGACAUGAGGUCUGACACCUGACUCGAGCAGAAUUGUGUUUACUGAGCGCCUAAAGGCAGCACAGAAAACCUUCUCCCAGAUACUCCCUACUCCCACUGGUCCACAAAUGAGAUUGGACCAUAGCGUUCUGAGCAUGCUAAAAGCAUGAGAGUAGCGCUAUAUAAAGGCUAUAAUUUAUUUAUUUAUUAGAGCUUAUUUCUUCCAGACAAACUUUAAAUACAGUUUUGUUCUAAGACAGGGGUUCUCAACCUGUGGGUCGCGACCCCCUUGGGGGUCGAUUGACGAUUUGCCAAGGGUCGCCUAAGACCAUCGAAAAUAGGAAUUGUUAUUGUUCACUCUUCUAUUGCUGUAUGUGUGUUGGGGGGGGGUCGCGGCAGAGUGGGGGAAUAUAAAAAGGAGUCGCCGAGCUUAAAAGGUUGAGAACCGCUGUUCUAAGAUAAAGGAAUCUCUUAACACAUGUUUAGAUUUACAAAGCAGCCCUUGCUCUUUUUCUGUGUUGGAAAAAAAUAAAGAAUACUUUAGCCAAUGUGUUGUGUAGAACUGAAAUUAAAAGAUGUAUAGACUAGAGGAUGAGCACCUGUUGUGUAGCUUGUACCCAAGUAUAUGAGUGUUUGGAUCAGCUUCUUGUGUUGAUCAUUUGUUAGUUAGCUAUUGUUUAGAGAUGGAUGAAUAUGUUUUCAAUGUGUGUUAGUUUUACCCGUUUCUGAGUCCAUAAUCAAAGUCUUUUGGUGUGAGCACUGAAAUAAUAGACAGUUCAUAACUGUGUAUGUAACUGUUUUAAUGGACUCUUAAGUUUUUUUGUUUUGCUCUUUCUUGGUUUUUUUUUUUUUAUAAUGGUUGUGUUUUUUCACAAUAUACCCAGACAUUAGUAAAUAAGAUUAAAGUAUAAACUAUGCUAUUAGCUUAGGAUUGACAUUGAAUGAUUACAUUUCAACUUGAUACUGCUUGUAUACUUUUAUUAAGAUAGUCAUGUUUUAAACAGUCAUUAUAAAUUAUUAUUCAACUGUUUAUUGUAUCUGAUCAAUUAAAAAUGUCUUCAUUCCUUAGUUCUUGCAAAUUUAGUUACUGAUUUGAUAGGGGCAUUGUCUCCCUUGCAUUAUUAUUCAACUAAAUUAAGGUUAAGACUUUUUCUUGACUGUUAUGAACUCAUGAGUUGACAGUUGACAAAUUGGAUUUCUUAGAGUGCACUAAAGUCAAGUGACCUUGUAGGCAUUUGAAUUGAUUUGAAAUCCUUUUUAAAUUGCUUCUUAAUAGAAUGACUAGGAGCUAACUUUUUUGUCCAAUGAUAAAGGUAUAUUGUGUUUGCCAUCUCAAUACCCAGAUUACCUGUGUAUUGUCAGGCACUUGUCUGGUUGAGCUCUUCAAUGUAAUGGCCCAGUGAUGUCCAAACUAUGGCCCGUGGGCCAUGUCUGGCCUGUGAGGGGGUGCUGUCGGGGCUCAACAAUUACUUUUUUAAGGUGAUGCUGCCAGAGAUGCACAUAUAAGAAAUUAUCUGCCCCUCAAGUGGGCCUCACUGUAAUGGGACUUAUUUUGUACUCUACUUCUUUGUAAGUUUGAUGAAGGUGUUUUAGCAUGUCACGUCUGCUUAUAAAUGCCCUCUUUAGGUUAUGUAUAUUCAAUGUAUGUCUAUUGAUUAUAUGUUAAUCAUUUUAUAGUUUCAGUUGUUCCGUUCACAGAGAAGUUGUGGGAUUAGUCAAUGCCAUCUUUAUUUUUAUUUAGGCUACAUUUGUACAAAAUGUUCAUGAUUAAAAAUUGGUUUGUAUUCAGUUUCUCAUUAAACUUUUAAAAACAUCAGUC